AGAGAGAGAAGAAGAAGAAGAAAAAGAAGAAGAAGAAGAAGAGGGCAGGCCUAUUCACAAAACUCUCAAAUCCAAACCCAUUCAAUCUGUUUCUCAGUUCUCUAAGCGCUGGAAAGCGGGGACGCGCAUUUAUCCCGGCUCUACACACACACACACACACACACACACACACAGACUUUGGGGAACUUGAGAUCGAACAGGCUGCUUUGAGGGGCUGAACAUCGCUUGGUGAGAUGGUCGGAAAGAACAUCAGAUGAGUCUUGAAGUUCUUUUGGUUCCCGGAGUAAAUGAGUUUUUUCUCGGGAGCGCGCCAGGAGAGCUCCUCACCGAACUCCAAGACUGAAAGUUCACACCUUUGUGUUUCCACCUGUUGCGUGGUAGUAGCUGAUUGUGGUGGGCUUUAGUGGGGAAUCAGAACGUGGAGAGAGGACAGGACUGCAGAAGAUCCAGAGCCGGAGCUGAGGAGCAACAACUGACACCACAAACUCCUGCCUGCUGGCGCACUGACCUCCAACCAAACAAGAAAAGAAAACACAAAGCGCGCUGGCAAACAUCUAAAAAAAAAAAGAAGCUUCAGUAAGAGCUUUCUAGGAGAAUCAUUUAUUCUUUCUUCAGCUUCCGUCUCAAAGCGCUGAAGAUCUUGUAGACCAGCUGUGGAUCUUUGGAGAAAGUUUUGGAAAAACGGCGCACAACCACGACGCGCCUCCUGUUCCUCCUGAACCAAGUAAGAUCCAGAUUCUGAACACACCGACUCCCGAUAUUCACCCGAAAAUACUCGUGAGGUGAAAAGCUACAGUUUCGAGCUGACCACAGUGGUUAAAGGUUGGAAAUCCAAAUUCACCAAAGUCCAAAUCCACUAAAGCAAAACAAAUCAUCAGAGUCUCGUUGUGGGGUUUCUUAUCCCUCGGGGGGUCCCGCAGAGCGCGCAGAAGACGGAGAGAUGGAGGUCGACAUGCGGCGGACGCACAGCGCCACGGCAGGAGUCCACCUACUGCUGGUUCUCAGCCUGAUCUCAUGCAACUCUGACCUUCUGGUGCAGGCAAACUCGUGGUGGUCUUUGGCCAUGAACCCUAUCCAGAGGCCGGAGAUGUACAUCAUAGGCGCACAGCCUCUUUGCAGCCAGCUCACGGGCUUGUCUCCAGGCCAGAAGAAGCUGUGCCAGCUCUACCAGGACCACAUGGUGUACAUCGGCGAAGGCGCAAAGACAGGCAUUAAGGAGUGCCAGUAUCAGUUCAGACAGAGGAGGUGGAACUGCAGCACGGUGGACAACACAUCUGUAUUCGGCCGCGUCAUGCACAUAGGCAGCAGGGAAGCAGCGUUCACUUACGCCAUCAGUGCAGCCGGCGUGGUGAACGCAGUGAGCCGAGCUUGCAGGGAAGGUGAGCUCUCGACGUGCGGCUGCAGCCGAUCUGCUCGACCCCGGGACCUGCCCAGAGACUGGCUGUGGGGCGGCUGCGGAGACAACGUCAACUACGGAUACCGCUUUGCUCGGGAGUUUGUGGACGCCCGAGAGCGAGAGAAGAACUACCCCAAGGGCUCGAUAGAUCAUGCUCGCACGCUUAUGAACCUGCAGAACAACGAGGCUGGCCGAAUGUCGGUGUACAAUCUGGCCAAUGUGGCGUGCAAGUGCCAUGGCGUCUCGGGUUCCUGCAGUCUGAAGACUUGCUGGUUGCAGCUGGCCGAUUUCCGUCGCGUGGGUGAGUUCCUGAAGGAGAAGUACGACAGCGCUACGGCCAUGCGCAUCAACCGGCGAGGCAAGCUGGAGCAGGUAAACCAGCGCUUCAACGCUCCCACAGCCGAGGACCUGGUGUACAUCGACCCCAGCCCGGAUUACUGCCUGCGCAACGAGAGCACGGGCUCUAUGGGAACCCACGGCCGUCUCUGCAACAAGACCUCGGAGGGCAUGGACGGCUGCGAGCUGAUGUGCUGCGGCCGCGGCUACGACCAGUUCAAGACCUACAAGCACGAGCGCUGCCACUGCAAGUUCCACUGGUGCUGCUACGUCAAGUGCAAGCGCUGCACGUCGCUCGUCGACCAGUUCGUCUGCAAGUAACCCGGGAUGCUCGUUAGAGACGCUGAGCAAUUAGCAGGCGAGACGAGGGGAGGGGGCGGGGGGACGGACCUUCUGGAGCUCAGAAGAAGCGAAAUGUACAAAUAAAUACAAAUCUAAAGAUGAUCAAAUGUUUAAAGUAUAGGUAUAGUUCAAAUGCAUGGUGGACAGUGGUUAUUCGACACUCUUGAGAAGAAGACGAGGUAUGAUUUUGAGGGACUUUUUAAUUCCUGGUUGGGUUGUGGGGGGGAUGUUCUUUAACUUCAAAGAAUGCAACAAAGCUACAAGAAAAAAAUUAUCACGUGAAGCAAUUCAACAAGCAUCUCCUCCCACCCCACUCCACUCCUCCUACAGACACUCUCUUAAACCUCCCCUGCGACAGAGCUCUUAAAAAAAAAAACUGGGGUCAGAGAUCCCCUGACCUCGAUUGCUGGACUUUGGAUGAUGUCGUGUGUGUUGACCUGUGAAAUGUAUGUUGCUACGAAAAGCAUUUAUAAUCACCAAACGUACCCUGAUGAUUUUAUAAACACCACCAGACACUUGAGAAGCUUUUCGGCUCCGUUCACUAUGGACUCUUGUGACGCUCAGUGCUCUCUCUCGUUGUUUUUGAGUGGGGGGGUCUUCCCUCAUAUGGUCAUCUGGAGGAAUUUACAUUUACAGCAGACGCCCUUAUCUAGAGCGAUGUAAAACUGAGCAGUCGAGGGUUAAAGGACUUGCUCAAGGACCCAGCAGUGGUGCUGGGGUUUGAACUUGUGACCUUCUGGUCCAGAGUCCAAUGCCUUAACCACUGAGUGACCACCUCCCCUGUUUCAUCUACUGGAAGUGCCCAGAAACAGUGAGACUCGCAACAUAUAUAGGCAAAGGAAGCAAAGGAAAAUUUAAAGGGGGUUUUAUAUAAUAAGGACUGCAAAAUGAUAUUUUAGUCAAGCAACAGUGGUUCAGAUUAUAUUUUAUUAAUUGCUCAUGUUAUGCAUACUUUAUGUAUUGUUCCGAUUAUUAUUUUUUGAUACAGAGGCUUCUUCUACUGUCAAGUUUUUAUUUCAGCAGGAGCAAUACGACUCGCCUUCCCAUAGUCAGGACAUAUAGGAAGAUUUGUGGGGGGGGGAAAAAACAUCAAUUUGAUAUCAAUCAGUAAAUGACUUGUAAAUAACAGUUUAUGUUUACGCAAAUUCCGAUUCGUGAUUACGGGGUUCGUGAUUUUUCUACGUUAAUCCAGAUCGCUUGCUGGCUGAUGAUAUGCCUGUUGUGUAUAUGUAUUUUUUUUUUCCAUCAUUCAAACCAGUAAUAAAAAUAUGAAUAGAGA